UAAAAUGGACUGGUCAUCUCACUUCGACGACGACGGCUUAGAAGCCGACCCUCUACUACAAUCGCGUGCCUCUCGAGAUACCUCCAAGUCGAAAUAUGGGUCACUUGCUGCAUACUCUAUGACUCUGAACUACAUCUUGGGUGUGGGUGCAUUAGCUGUACCACACGCCUUUGCCGUGUCUGGUAUAUCCCUGGGCCUGGGUGUGAUGAUUUGCACCACUAUAUUUAGUCUACUGACGGUGCACUGGUUGAUUGUGGUAUGUGCAAGGGCUCAGGCGUAUAAUCCACACCAUCACAACGCGGCGGCGCUGUUGUCGUCGUCCAAGUCAUUGGAGAGCAAUGCUAAAGCUGAGGUAUGUCAAGGUGCUUUCAGAGUAUUCAGAUGGUUGUAG